GGGAGAGGAGGGGAGGGGAGGGGGAGUUACUCCAGGCACAUGUGAGCUUUGCAGUGAAAUGAAUACUUGCAUACUAAACUUCUCCUUUAAAAUGUGACGCCCCCACUCUAGUUGGCUCGUCAGCUCCAACUGCUAGAAAGCUGUGUCAUGGCAGCCUAUUUUAAGCAAAACCCAUCUCUAAGGCAUUUUUUUUUUCUUUUCAAAUUGUGGUUCGUGACCCAAAUGUGGGUCGUGGGGCUAAAUUAAGACAAAAAAUUCCAUAUCACCCUGGACUGACGUAACUUUGUACUGGUGAACCAUUUAUCUGAUGUAGUGAUGACUUCUUGGAAUACUUCAUGAUGGGACUUAAAACACCUUUUUUUAGGGCUCAGUGGACUUUGUGGGGUUCAAGUGAUAACUGAGACUGCAGGAAACAGCACAUCCUUUCACACAUUCUGUGUUACCCCGACAGGCAAUUCAUAAUGAGGCAUACAAUUAGUACUAUCACAACUGCUGAAGCAAAACUGGUUUGGACCACAAUAUGAACCAUGUGACAGAACAUUAUAACUGCAAACAAUCUAAGAUGCAGAGAUUAUGAUAGUUUGUAUAUGCCUAUUAACCUUUAAUCAUUCCUUUAUCUUUGAAUGAUAACGUCACAGGGAGCCAGUUUUGAUGCAGCAGCAGCUGCAGCUGUGUUCAGUGAUUAUGGAGUUGCUCGACUGUUUCCAUCACUGUUCGCUUGGUUGUUGUCAACGCAAUAAUCUCUAUCAAAUAUUACAUACAUCUCUAUGCAGUUGUUCCAUUAAUUACCACGGAGGUUGGAACCGGUGAUCUUUUAGCUGUAGUAACCACUCUUCCACCAUUUGCUCUGAGAAAUAUUUUUUUCAGUGUUACACAAAAGACACUUAUUUGGCACAUUAGGUGAACUGAGACAUAAGAUUUUAUUGGUGAGGAUGAGUAAAAAAAAAAUCUUGAGAGAAAAUGAGAGAUUGAUAAGGAUGUGAGAAAUAGAGAGAGGGGGAGAGAGAGAGGGGGAACUUUUCGCUCAUCCACACUGGAUUAUUAGCAGAGCGCAGGGCGCAGCCAAUCACAGACAUGCAAUGCUCAGCUCCAUUUAUCGUGGAUUAGCCACAACCGACUGCAGUCCACAGCUCAGUGAGGGAGAGGUAGUCACUGCCAUUCACUCUACUCAUCCUCGGUAUUGUUAUUAGCGGAUCCGGCUGCAGGGUUUGUGUCGGCAGUGAGGCUGCCGCGGUACGUAUCCCGUCGUCUGCAUAUGCGGAUAUCAGGUAAAGGUGUGGGAACCGAGCAGUGGGAGAGAGCGGCCGGUUGUGGGUCAGUGGACGCGGAUGCUGUGAUGGGAAACAGGGCAGGUAGGCCGACUUAAUUGAUGGCCCUUUAAAUCCAACCCACACACACACUGCGCGCCGACGCACCGCUUUGUUUUCCGCGUCCUCACCAAAAUGUUCAAGACGGCGAAUUACCCGAGCGUGGAUCCUGCACCCACCUUCAUGCACGGCACUUGGUUCUCCUCGGGGUAUGUGGAAAACGCGCCGGUGGCGGUGGAGAAGCCUAAGAAGAAGGCGUUCAGCCUGGUCAAAAUAAUGUCCCUGCCCAGCAAGAAAAGCCAGGGCCAGAAUGCGCACCAGCGGCACGGCCACCACAACAACAAUAUACCGUUCACCAUCCACUGUCACAUCGGAAAAGAGAUAAAGCACAUUUGCAGCAACUGCAGCCGCGGAAACAACACGCAGGACGCUGAUGAAGUAGAGAGACUGGCCGCCAUGCGUUCUGAAUCCCUGCUCUCCGGCGCUCACACACCACCUAUUCGUAAUCGGAGCAAAUUUUCCACUCUGGGCCGUCUGCUGAAGCCGUGGAAGUGGAGGAAGAAGAAGAGUGAGAAGUUCAAGCAGACCUCCGCUGCUUUGGAGAGGAAAAUGUCAGUGCGACAGAGCAGAGAUGAGCUGAUCAAGAGAGGAGUACUGAAGGAGAUUUUUGAAAAAGCCACUGUUGAAUUCCGAUCCUCCAUGGAUGGAGGAAUCUAUGCCAAGGAGCCAUCCAUUAAAUCCUCAAUGGUCCUGCCCACUAAGAAAUCUGUAACCUUCCCCGGUGACCUUCAGGAUACACCUGCCAAGCCGCCACUGUACCACAAGCAGCCUCCUGCUCUCCCUCCAAAGCCUUUCUCUAGAAUCUCAAACUAUAGCACAGAUUCAUGCCAGCCACUAAAAUUGCCCUGCAUGCCUGGAGGAAAACACUCGCCACCACUCCCUCCAAAAAAAGUGAUGAUUUGUGUGCCUCCGGGAGGCCUGGACUCCUCCAUCUCUCCUUCGCCAUCGCCCAACCCACUCAGCACUCUUCCAAAGUGUGGUCCUCCGCAGGUGUUGCCGUCCCAUCACGGCACCCUGCUGCCGUCCCAGCUCUGCAGUCUUUCUGGUCAUCACCAGAGCCACGGCCAUCCACUGCAGCUUCAGUACGGAAGCUUGCACGCGCCCAGUCGGAUCAUCGAGGAGCUCAAUAAAACCCUGGCCCUGUCCAUGCAGAGAUUUGAAAGCAGCGCCGCCUUGCAUGGUGUAGGUCACUGUCUGGUUCUGGACAGACGAGAAAUACCUUCUGUUAUUAUUGACUACGAGGACGACAAGGAGAACCUGCCCAACGAGUCCGACUAUGAAGAUCUGCCCAGCAUGUACAAGGACGAGGAUGAUGAUGUGGACGAUGACGACGAGGAUGACGAAGAUGACGACUCCAUUUUUACAAGUACCCUGGCACAGAAAGUGCUGAGAAAAGACUCUCUGGCCAUCAAGCUGAGUAACCGUCCUUCCAAAAGAGAGCUGGAGGAGAAGAACAUUCUGCCAAUGCAGACGGAUGAGGAGCGGCUGGAGUCACGGCAGCAGAUAGGCACCAAACUCACAAGGCGCCUAAGUCAAAGACCUACAGCAGAGGAGCUGGAGCAGAGGAACAUUCUCAAACGUAAGUCAUCUCGCAAUGAACAAGAGGAGAUGGAGGAGAAGAGGGAGAUCAAACGCCGUCUGACACGAAAGCUAAGCCAAAGGCCCACUGUAGAGGAGCUGAGACAGGCCAAGAUCCUCAUUCGAUUCAGUGACUACGUGGAAGUGUCAGACGCACAGGACUACGACAGGAGAGCAGAUAAACCCUGGACCAGGCUCACAGCCGCUGAUAAGGCGGCAAUACGGAAGGAGCUCAACGAUUUCAAGAGCAAUGAAAUGGAGGUGCACGAGUCAAGUCGCCAUUUAACCAGGUUCCAUAGACCAUAGUAGACCACCACUGUCUAGAGCAGCACUGCACCAGUGCUCUCCUCCACUGAGAACCUUAAGUGCUGGACAGUUAAUCGUUUCUACAACAAGGCCAUGUCUUCUGAAAUGCCUUUUCCAAGACCCACACAACUGAGUCGGUACUCCUGUGCAACACAGGAUGCAGACGCCCACUACUCCGACCAUUGUAGUAGCACACAGUGACUCUGGUUGUGUAACAUCGCCCCUCUGUGGACGUGGCUCCACUGUCUCUGCCCAACCUCUCUGCUGAGCUGAGCUCCCAGGCAGGCGCUCAGCUCUGCGGUGGUUCAGACAGCAGGAGAGUUUGUAUCAACACACUGACACUGUUCUUUCCCUUCAUUUCCUGACAACAGUGGACUUGUCUCAGUGGACAUGUUUUUAUCCUGCCUACAGUAAUUAUUAUGCUGUCAUAAUGAACUCCUACAGCUCUUAUAUGCAGCUGUGUGUGAGGACACAGGGUUGAUUGUUCACUCUAUCAUCAGGAGAUCCAUCUUUGCUGCACCUGCUGAGACUUUGAAACUGCUUAGGAAGAUAGAGACGAGAGGGAGGGAGUGAGGAAGGGAGGGUGGAGUACAGGAUUAGGAUCACGUGCAAUAUGUUUUCUUUUCUGCUUCUCCGACACUAUAGCAGCCCCUAGAGUCUGUCUCACUAUCACAUAGUCCCGACUUCUCUUCCCUCAUACGUGCAAUCCUGACAGUACUGACAAUGUUAACGUUUAAUUGCUAACUGUGAAUUUGGGAGUUGGGGGCAGAGGUGCACCCUCUCUCCUGAUGUACAUUGUGUUUAUACCAUGAAAGAACGCGUGUUUUUAAAAAGAGAAAAAUGCUCGAUCCAGGUCCAUUCAUGACUGAAUCUUGUGAAUUUUAUGUGAAAGAUUGCAGCUGGCAGACAUAUUUCCGUUGCAGUCUAUGCAACAAUUUUGCUUUAUAUUACUCUGUCAGUUUCACGUUUUUAAUAGAGGCGACACAUUCAUGUUUUACAUGUUGCAGCUUUUGGAUAGAGACAGAAAAACAAGGGAUACAUUUAUAUGUUCAAUAUCUCUUAUGGUUUUCACCCACGUAUGUAAUGAUGGUCAAGUCAUGAAUAUGCUUUGUAUUAUACACUUUACUUUUGUAUCAUUUUUGACCAAGCAAUAUCUGCUAUUGGUAAAGAUUAUAUUGCAGGUAUAUGCCCAUUUUUAACUGUGCUAACGCACUGUGUCUCUCACUUCAGGGUUUUCCUUUUAUUUUAUACUUUACAUUAGGAAAGUGUUUUUCUUUUUCUGUAAUUCCUCAACAUAGUUGAUUGAAAUUAGUUUAAAUUACUUUAUUCAAUUCUUCUAGAGAACUUUUAUGAAUUUUCAAAGCUAAUAUAGAAUAUAUGUGGCUUCCAUUUGUCAGGAGUUUUGAAGUUUUGUUGGCAUACCUAGAGUUCUGGCUUUUGCCAUUUGUCGCCAUUUUAAAUUCAGGGCCCAAAGGUGUACAAAGGUUUUAGAAAUGAUGAUCCGUGACUGAAUCUUUUCUUCUUUGACAUUCAGGUUUCCGAUCACUGAUCAUAUACAAGAUCCUGUGCCGAUACACUUGCUGUAUAUUUUUAAAAAUGAUAGUCUUUUAUCUUUAGUGUUAGUAGUGUUAUAAAACCCAUAUUAUAUGAGAUGAAAAAGCAGAAGUGGUGAAGACUGUUGGUUAUUUAUGGAUGCAUCUGACGGUAGAAGGAAAAUAGUUCUCCCUACUAACAUCAAGGACUCUAGUUGAUUGGGACUUCCAGAAAACACUUUGUUUUGCACUUUAUAGUUUGAAUGUAAAGUAAUGAGGGGUUGGGUGACGUCAACUAGUGCAAAUGCCAGUCUAAUGUCACACUAAGGCCCCUAUUUCCUCUACUUUAGUUAUUAAGCUCAUCGUGUCCUUUUUUUGUUUUUACAUUUUACAAUUUUUACAAAAUGAGUUCAUUUUCAAAUAUUCAACCUGAGAAUCCAGGCCAAGCAUGAUGUUUUCUAUUUUUGCUGGAGUCAAGGAAUAUGAAUUCAGCAAUAAUCUGUGGUUCCUUUUUAUUUGUUGGGCGAGAAGAUGAAUACAAUUGUUUUAUUUUUGUUUUGUUAUUCCAUUUUUUGUAACAGGGAACAUAAAGGAUACAUCAUGCUAAUUAAAUUUCAUUUCUAAAUGCAA